UCGAGUAGUCGACGCCGGGCGUCUCGAGCGAACGGCCGCGUGUUUACGGAUCCGCAAAUACCGCGUCGGUUAAAUCGUGUUUAUCUCGUGCUACGUUGUGAUUUUUCCCCCUUAAAAGCUUCUUCAGUAAUUGAUGAAUAAAAAAUAAACUGCGAACAUCUUUAUUGGUGUGAUUGUGCGUGUAAUUCGAGCCUGCAAACGCUGUACGUUUUGGAAAAUAAUAGUUUUUUUUGUGAAAACACAUUUUUCGAGAUGUCGACGUGAGGAUAAGUCGAGCGCAGCAUAUUUCCAUCGACCAAAAUCGUCGAAAUGAUUCCGUUUCGUGUUGUUAGUUCGAAAUUCAACGAAGCGAGGAUUUAGCUACGGGAUACCAGAAAUCUCGACGCAAUUUUUUUCAUUUUUGUUGAAACAAAGUCGGGACUAAAGAGGAAUUUGUUUGGCUUUGCGAAGAGGAUUCCGAGACGGAUAACCGAGAGGGGGGGACCCAAACUUGAUUUUGCCGAUGGCAAAUCGACCUCGGAGAUUCGAUGACCGAUCGGGGCAUGCUGGGAAAUCUAGAAACUUCCGGUCUGGCUCGAAGCGCAUCGAGAGUCCCGAGAAAACUUUCGUCGAGUCACGUGACACCGGGAAAAUGUUGUUUUCGAGCCAAUCUCCUGACUCCCCCACGUGCAGACCCGAGAUAUCGUGGGCGAUAGAUACCGAUAUGGAAUGCCAGAAUUGGCGAGUCUCCGGACUCCCCGGGAGCCCUGGAAGUGGAGCAGAGACUUUUGAAAAUCGUGAAAAUCAGUGGAGUUUUUCAAACGGAAGUGCUUUUGUCCUCCAACGUAUUCUUCGAUUGAGAAUGACGUCCCUACUUUUAAUCCUGUGCUUUAUUCUACAAACAACGAGACCGACGAGCGCCUCUGUCACAACCGCAAGCACCGUGCCUGAACCGGAGUUCAUAGACGAGAUUGGCAACAUAACAGUCGCGGCUGGUCGUAACGUAAAGCUUUCCUGUAGCGUGAAGGAUCUCGCCUCUUACAAGGUGGCUUGGAUGCUGUUCGACAAGAGUGCCAUUCUGACGGUCCAACAUCACGUUAUAACGAGGAAUCCACGGAUAUCGGUCACUCACGACGGUCACAAAACGUGGAUUCUACAUAUCAACAAUGUUCAAGAAGACGACAAAGGAAAAUACAUGUGCCAGAUAAACACAGCGACAGCGAAAACGCAGUACGGAUAUUUACACGUCGUCGUCCCACCGGAUAUCGACGAUGCGUUGAGUUCAUCCGACGCCAUAGUGAGCGAGUUGGCUAACGUGACGUUGACGUGCAAAGCUACGGGGAGUCCAAAGCCAACGAUACGUUGGAAGAGGGACGACAACGCGAAGAUCGUGAUCAACAAGACACUCGAAGUUACCGAGUGGGAAGGCGAGACACUGGAAAUGAAUCGGAUCUCGAGGCUCGAAAUGGGCGUUUAUUUGUGCAUUGCGAGCAACGGAAUUCCCCCAGCAGUCAUGAAGCAGAUCAAAGUCUCGGUUGACUUUCCACCAAUGCUCUCGAUUCCCCAUCAAUUGGUCGGUGCGCCGUUGGGUUUUUCAGUGGUUUUGGAAUGUCACACCGAGGCACAUCCGACGUCGCUUAAUUUUUGGAAGCGGAGCGACAAGGGGCCGAUGAUAACCGACAGUGCAAAGUACAAAACUACUUUAACAGUAGGAAAGCCAUCGUACAAAAUAAACAUGGCUUUGACGAUAUACAACAUCACGAUGCAAGAUUACGGGAGCUAUAAAUGCGUGGCGAAAAAUCCACGCGGCAGUAUGGAGAGCACGAUUCGAUUAUACGAAUCCCAACGGCCGACCACCAGUCCGAGCCCGGUGACGACCGAUCAAGCUGUGAAGCCUUGGGUGGAGACAGCAGAAAUGGACAAUUCGGUGGAUGGGAAUCCCAGCUCGUUGACGUUUCACAACAGCAAAGGCUCCAAGCAAGGCAAGGCGGGAUCGAAUCUCAACGAGAUUGACAAAUCGGAACAAAAGUCCGGCAGUCCUGACAGAAGCAAAAAUUACAACUGGCAACCACCGAACGACACUGCAACGAGUCUAACGACGACAGGAAUUUUGCUCAUACUGGACGUCGUCGUGACGUGGAUAAUACGAUAAGCGAGGUUUCUUCUUCUCUUAUUAUCUCUGAAAGGCGAGGUCGCGCAGUCCCGACGAAUUUAGGCGAACGAGAGAAAGACCCGACGAGCGUGAGAGAAGCGUGUACCACGAGAAGAAAAAUUGAAAGAAUUUAACGAACGCAACACACGCACACACGCACACAGAUACACAGACAAGAAAACUUGGAAGAAACAAAAUUCCUAAAGACUGACCCCGAGUAGGUAGUUUCGUGUGAAAGAAACAGCAACCAAUUCAAACACCCACAACACAAAACCAGACAGAGAGAGAGAAAGAAUAAAAUAAGCGAAGCGUUCAUAACGAAACUGGAAAUAAAAAUAAAAAGCAUAAAAAGAUCGCCUGAAAAUAGUGACAUAAAUUGGGCUUUCUGUACAAGUAUUAGGCGCAAUUUUCAAUGGGUAAAUAGCAAAAUUACGCGACAAUGAUAAAUCUGCUGCGAACGCCGAAAUCGCAUUGUCGACGAGUUACGUACGAAGAUUAGUCUCGGUCAUAAAAUAACAAAAAAAAAAAAAGAAUCGUUAAAUUUAUAAACAAGAAAAAACUACGAUAAUUAAUAAAACAUUAAAUAAAAUAAGCAAAAUAAACACACAAACAAACACACUAAAUAAUCGUGAAAGAUCCUAACGAUAAACGAAGUCGUUCACAUAUUUUUACCAGAUUCUCUGUAACAUUGAAUCACUAUUCCGUUUGAUCACUGACACAGGGACGGACCCCGGACGGAUCCGAAAACGCCGCCAAUCCAUACGCAGCUUCGUAAAAUAGUCAAUAAGUUCAAAUAAAAACAAUUAAAAUAACGAUCGUGAGAAUGAUUAUUUAAAUGAAUUUAACAAAAAUUUACGAAAAAAAGACAACAAACAGAAUUAAAUAUUAAGUGCGAAACUUAUACUUAAGUGUCACCAAGUGCAACGAGACUAUCGCUUUCGGUGUGUAACGUUGUAAUAACCUAAGCGCAUAUAUACGUAUGUAUAUGUAUGUAUAUAUUAUUCUCUAUACGUAUAUAUACAGGAUGAAUAAGUAACAGCGAAAGAAUUGAGCCCUCGCGGUAUAUUUUGGGCAAGCCCUAAUUCUUUCGUUUCUUUUAAUUGAAUUAUUUGUCUUCGUUUAUUUUCUCGUUGAAUCGAAACUUUUUCCCAAUUACCGUGUGCCAACGACGAAUAACGAUAGAAAAAUAAUGAUAAUUAUAAUUGCACGAUGAUUCAGAGGUUUUUAAGGAACAGAAAUUUGAUAAGAAAAAGCGAAAGGGACGAAACUUUUUGUGACACGAUUGUAAAUUCGAGCAGAAUUUUGUUCCUUGUUUUUGGAAAUAUUGGGAACUUUUUUAUGAUCGAUCGUCUACCAGAAGCUUAUAAAAGUGAACGUCAUCGCGGUGCUGAGUUUGUAAAGCAACAGGUUAAGGAAACUCGCACCGGACAGGAGAACCGAGAAUCCGGGAAAUCCGCUGAUCGGAUUGAGGAUAAAGCGCGCUCACAGGAUUUACGGACUUUGAGCUUAAUGCUCUUUGAAUCUGAACUCUUAGCUCUGUGUAUCGCGUAAUUGAGGGACAAGCACACGUGCAAUGACCGACAUGUGGAAAGCGGGAGAUCAGACGAUCGAUGUAAGGCACUCAGUCAUUUAUCAGACCUCCCGUCCACCCGAUCUGAUAAAGGACUGUGCCCCUUGACCUCAGCCUUUCAUCCUGUUCAUUUCAAUAGACUAUUAUCAAAAGCCUAUCGAUAAAUAAAAUUCACUUGCGUUACGUCGAGGAAAAAUCUAAAUUCGUCAAGUUUAUUCGUCAGUUUUCUUGACGGAUUGCGAAGUUAUGAAAAAUUGAAGUUUUGGGAUGCAACUUUCUCUGGAUUUGUUUGAGGUAAAUCUUAAAAUCUUUAUGCGAAUUUUUUAAUGAGUUUUUUCGACAUUGGGAAGCAGUGAUCGAGGCUUCCCAUGGGAUUCUCCAUUUCGAAGGCUCAUUGUCUGACUCGUUGACAAAACACUUUUACAGAGAGCUCAGAGAUUCAACGAGGAUGUGGGAUUGCUCGACGGAGAAUCAUCCUGAGGUUUAGUAUUUUUCCUCGCAACGUAUAUCUUCAUUGGUGGUUAAAACCGACGAAAAACUUCAGUCAGAUAAUACUUUUUCUCUUGCACUUUACCGACGAUCAGCGAUAAAGGAAAAUCGCGAGGAGAGAGUAAUAUAUGGAAGGAGAAGAGAGUCCCGCCCUUUCCACGUGGAAUCUCGUAAAUUUGCUAUCGUGGCACGAAAAAUCGUUUCAGCCGAGAGGAUAAAAGAGAAAAAUAAAAGAGAAAGAGAAGACAAGAUAAGAUAUAUAGGAAGAAAAAACUGCAUUUAAAAAGAAACGCGAGUAAAUUGCGGAAACAAAAAUACUUGAAACGCGCUGAGUAUGAAGAAGACGAGAAGCGGAGCUGAUGCUAACAACGAAUUGCGAAGGAAGUGAGAAAAACGAGGAGAUCAUGAGCUUCUGUGAACGACUAUUCUUCGUGAAAAUAUAUCAUUUUUGAGAUAUCAACAUUUUUCCUUUAUCGAUAAAUCUUCAUUUGCCUUUUUUACGAAUAAAACAAUGAUUCGUCGCUCAUUUUGAACGUAAUUUCGUAGCCGCUGAACCAAUGUCCAUUGUGUCUCGUGUCGUCACGGACUAACGCGAUUUUGUAUAGUCCCGCGUAUGAAUCGAUAUUGCCAAAAGGUGAAUACGAAAUGGCAAUGAUUUUCACAGUGCCGAGACAAAAGCUGUAUAAUUGAGUACGAAAGUUACGAUUCGAGGUCGAUUUCAAGUGGAACCAGAAAAAACCAAGAAUAGAAAACGUUAGUGUGGAUUUUGUAAAUACGUUUGAAACCACCCACGCGAACGCAGCCGAGAUGAGGGCCCUUCGAGCCGAACGUCCCCUUAACUACUGCAAAAAAACCGUGACAAUUGCGCCGAAUGGACCGAAAGAUUUUCCAACGAAAUUUCAAUGAUUCCCACAUUAAUUCUCACCGACAAACUCCCUCGAAAUUUAUAUUUUUAUUCGAACCGUCCUCAUCUCCGCGCAGAUAAGUAAAUAAGUCAUAAAUCUACGUCAUAGAAUUUUUAAGGAAAGAAAGAAAACAAAAAACAAAGUUAAGCUUCAGGCGGUCCGGAGGGAGCAUUCGGGAAGAGAGAAAUCAUUCGCGAAAGAACCCUCAUCCCUGCUUCCCCUCCCUCGCUAAAGGGUGCGCUUCGAAAAAAAGCGGCGAAACAAGGGUAAACCUUAGCAAAGAUAUUUUGACCUUAGCUUUAAUGAUAAACAUAUAUAUAUUAUAUAUAUGAAUAAAAAAAAACUAACAAAAAACACAAACGAAAAAUUCAAAUACGACGACGAAAUAUGAGGACGAAAACAAAACACAUUGACAAGGAUUAUAUGAUAAGAAGAGACGAGAAUGAAGUACGAGAGAAGUAGCUGUGAACGUGCGUGUAAUCGUUGACGAGUCUGCGUUCAUCUGAUGCGAAUAUUGUAUGUAUACAUAUAAUAUAUAUAAAUAUAUAUAUAUAUAUAUACACACACAUAAUUAUUACGAGGUUAAUGAUAAGUGAGAAAGAGAGAAAAGAAUAAAAACUAUUGGAAUAUCAUUAUAUUGUAUGUUAUACGACAUUACAUUAAUAUUAUUAUGCUUUGCGUCGUUGAGUUGAAUGUUGUUAUCUAGAAAAACAAAAGAAAAAAAACGAACGGAAACAGGACGAAAUGGAGAGACACAGAGAUUCUUAUAACUACCCUGACGUGUAAUAAAUAUGGCCGAACGACUGCGAGUCUUAGAUGAAA